GGGGACGCCCCGCCCUUGUUUCCCGGAUUGACUUGCCCCUGGCCUGCAGACACCCACCUCCUCCCUUCCUCUUACAUGCAUGCGGCCAUGUCCGAAUCUGAGUUGCAGCUGGUGGCGCGGCGCAUCCGCAGCUUCCCGGACUUCCCCAUCCCGGGCGUGCUGUUCAGGGAUAUCUCGCCCCUCUUGAAAGAUCCGGACUCCUUCCGAGCUUCCAUCCGCCUCCUGGCCGGUCACCUGAAGUCCACGCACGGCGGCAAGAUCGACUACAUCGCAGGUCUGGACUCCAGGGGCUUCCUGUUUGGCCCUUCCCUUGCUCAGGAGCUGGGGGUGGGCUGUGUGCUCAUCCGUAAGCGCGGGAAGCUACCAGGCCCCACUGUAUCAGCCUCCUAUUCUCUAGAGUAUGGGAAGGCUGAGCUGGAAAUCCAGAAAGAUGCCUUAGAACCGGGGCAGAAAGUGGUCAUUGUGGAUGAUCUCCUGGCCACUGGAGGAACCAUGUGUGCAGCCUGUGAGCUGCUGAGCCAGCUGCGGGCUGAGGUGGUGGAGUGUGUGAGCCUGGUGGAGCUGACCUCCCUGAAGGGCAGGGAGAAGCUGGGACCUGUGCCAUUCUUCUCUCUCCUGCAGUAUGAGUGAGGAGCUGGCAAGGUGGACACACCCCUUGAUAAUUAAGUACACAGUGGCUGGGCCCAGGGCACCUAAGUGACCUUUGUAAGCUACCGGCUGCCCUUUCGUGAAUGAGGGCAUUCCAUUGGUCAGCAGAUAGCCAUGCCUAUGGAUCACCUGGAACCUUGCAUUUUGUACGCUUGCCACACCCUCGAGUAAAGCAGAGCUGUGCUACUGGAGGUCAAUAAACUGCUUUGAUAUACAC